AUGCUCGUAAAGUCACAGGCGGCAGCUGCUGCUGCUGCUGCUCCACGAUGGGCACGCGCACUCUCAGCAACUGCACCCACAAGAGACGCCUCUGCAACCACGUCUGCGGCACCACCACGAGCUACCCCUCGGGCCGCGCCAUUGCCGACUCGUUCCGUCCUCGAAGUGUCUGGCCCAGACGCACAAAAGUUCCUCAAGGGCCAGAUGUGCAAGGACGUAGAGUCCCUCGGCGGCGGCUACAGCGGUUUUCUGAACGCAAGUGGCCGCGUGCUGCACACUGUCUUUUCCAUCCCGACCGAGCCGACGAAGUACCUCAUUGCGCACGACAGCGGCCCAGACCAGCCCUCACCACUGGACAAGCUCCUCCCGCCGUUCCGUCUGCGCUCCAAGGUCCGUAUCCGCGACGUCAGCGACGCGUGGGACGUCUGGGGCGCAUGGGGAAGCCAGGAUGUCGGUGACUCACCUGCCCCGACGGCGACAUGGCGGUUUGGCAGUGGCGGCGCCGCGGAGCGCCUGUGGACGUGGGAGGACGGCGAGCGCGCGUCGCUCAACCUCGCAGACGGCGAGGUGGGGUGCUGGGACCUGCGUGCUGGCUGGGGCCAGUAUGGGAUGGGCCGCAAGCUGUUUGUGCCAAAGGGCCAGAAGCCGUCUCUACUGGCACACCAUGACCUCGUCACGCCAGACGACUACGACCUCUACCGCAUGUUCCUCGGUGUCCCAGAGGGUUCUGCAGAGAUCGUCCCGGGCACGGCCUUGCCGCUCGAGAGCUGCAUGGACGUCCAAGGCGGCGUCGACUUCCGCAAGGGAUGCUACCUCGGCCAAGAGCUUACUGUGCGCACAUACCACACUGGAGCCACUCGCAAGCGUAUCCUGCCCAUUCGCCUGUUCCCCCUAGAUGGCUCUGCCUCGCCCCUCGCCGCCGUCCCGGCCUCGUACCCCGCCAUGGGCCCCGCCCCGGCCGCGGUAGACAUCACGUACACGCCUCCCCCGACCGCGGCGAGCAAGAAAUCGCGCUCGGCAGGCCGUAUCCUGGCGCUGCACCCGAUGGCGUCCAACGUCGGCCUCGCCCUCGUCCGUCUCGAGUUUGCAGAGCGCGUCUGGGGCCACGGCCUCGACCUCACCGUCGCAGACUAUGCGUCCGGCCUGCACGGAACGCUCACUGCCGAGAUUGACGGCAAACAGUGGGGCGUGUAUGUCGGGCACGGCGAGGCGUACGCGUCUGCACUGGCCCACACGCCUCCCCCUCCCCCGCCAGAGGAGUAA